AUGUCGCCUCACGAUUCCUCCUCCGAUGAAUCCACUCGCAACUUCAGCCGAUAUGAACAUAUAAUCUUGGCUCUAUUCCACGGUUGCUUUGUGAUUGGAUUCGCUAUUGUCUAUGCGUGGCUAGGGCCUACCCACUCCAAGUUUAUCCAUCAGAAUCGAUCCGAAGAUACGAACUACGCCAUUAUUGCCUUGUUCGCACUCAUCACCGCGAUUGCCGGCCAUGGAAUAAUGUUUAUUAUGAGCUUGUACAAAAUGUACAAAUUCCGACCUCGAGGUUCAAUAAAUCCGUUUUUUGAUAGAUACGGGUUUAUAUUCGGUAUCAUUAUGCUGGGUUUUGAUCCUGUGAUGGUAUAUCAGUUUCCGAAGUGGCAUGGACAACUCAAGGCCGCUGGUGAUUCUCGGAGUGCCCAAUACUGCACUUCAGCUACCGCUCUCUUCGCAAUUCACAUUCCGUGUGCGGCCUUAUGCUGCUUAUAUUUUUUGGCCAAGCACUGUUUCUACCUAGAUGUUAUCGCACAUGAAACGUCGGUGGUCCGUGAGAGUGGCAAAACAGACAAUAGGGAGAAUGGAGAACGCCGGUUGAGAAGAUAA